AUGGCAAUCUCGCUUUUCGAGGAGGGGUGGCAUCCUAACCCGCCGGGGCGCGCACGCCUGUGCCGAGCAGCCGCAGCCCCAGACCAAGCCGGCCGUUUCUGGAGGGAAGUGGCCCUCACGACUGCGCGAGCAGCUGAAAAGCUCGCGCUGAAGGUGGCUGUGGCCUCCACACAGGAUGAGGAUGAGGAGGAAGAGGAGGAAGAGGAGGAAGAGGAGGAAGAGGAGCUUGUUAAGCAUAUUUGCGCGAAGAAUACCUUCAUCCAUUUCGAGGAAGGAGAAGAGCAAGGCCUCAAGCGCGCACACUCAUCUCCCGCUUUGCUGACUGAGGUGGAGCUGAAGGUGGGAGAUGCUGAGGUUUGCUCUUUGGCUGCGCGGCAGCGCAGCAGCUCCGGCAGCACGGCAGCGGGUGAAACGGAGGUCUUUUACUCCACGGACGACGAGGUGGAGGUGGAGGUGAACCCGGCAAGCUGGACAUGGCCCGACGAUGCAGAGCAGGUAGAAACAGACAUAUUUUACAUCGGCAGCGAGUUGGACACG